AGGCGUCUACACGGGCGAGACGGACGAGCGGGCCAAGGCGACGCUCAGGGCCAGGCUGGAGAGCGACCUGCUGGAGCAGGCUUCCAAGCUCAGGAGAGUGGACGUGAAGGAGAGCUCCUACGAGCCCUCUUCCGGCGACCUCGAGUGCGUCGCGAUGCUGUACACCAACGCGGAGGGCGACCUGGCCAAGCUCGCGGAAACAACUGGCACAGCUGUGGAGCUGCUGCGGGCCCGCCCGCCUGCCGACGCCGUCGACUUCGCGCGGAAGCUGCUGAACGGCGACUACUCGG